UGGCUGCUGACUGUGGUGUGUAUAGAGACGUCAAGUUAGCAGACGUCGAGCACGUGAAAUGUCAAAUUUAAUCGGCUUUUGACCAAAAUAUUAUUUCAAGUUUUGUUUAUUUUACCUCAAAAUAGUUGACCAUGAACGCAUAUGACAGGGGAGCCUCCGGAAUGUCGGGCAGUGCCUUUGACCGCUGGGUCCAAAGAGCCGACUUACCUGAUGAUUCUGCUAUAACUAAAAUGCAGCACCAAUAUUGGGUCACAAAACAGGCUCUAUCCCAGAAGCUUGGUAAAAAAGAAGAUGAAUGCAUUGUAGCCUCUGACGCGGAACUGGAUUCAAAGUUAGAGUUAUUUCGAAGUAUCCAGGAGUCUUGCUCGCACCUACAAAGAAUAAUUGACAAAUAUCAAGAACGAUUGUGCAACUUGGCACAGGAGGAAAACGCGAUGGGCCGCUUUUUGAAAGAAGCCGGUAAACAGGAUAAAACUAGAGCUGGAAAGAUGAUGUCAGCCGUUGGAAAAUCAUUGUCAUAUUCAGGUCAACAGAGGCUUGCUCUUAGAGCACCAUUAGUCAGAUUGUACCAAGAGGUGGAGACUUUUCGACAAAGAGCAAUAGAGGAUACUUUACAGAAUGUUCAGUCUAUGGAAAAAGCUCGCACCGAAUAUCGUGCUGCGUUGUCCUGGAUGAAAAAUGUUUCUCAGGAACUUGACCCAGACACUUUUAAGCAACUCGAGCGAUUCAGAAAGGUUCAAACUAGAGUUCGAAGGGGUAAAUCUGCUUUUGAUCACUUGGCUUUGGAUUGCCUGCAGAAGGUUGAUUUACUUGCAGCAGCCAGAUGCAAUAUGUUCAGUCACGCUCUAGUCUUGUACCAGAGCACCCUCUUGAAUUUCACCAAAAAAUCUGCCCAAGCUUAUUUAACUAUAGCCAACAGCUUUAAAGGAUAUCAACAUUAUGAUUUUAUGGUGGUCAAAGAACUUGCAGAAACUUCAAGUAAGUUAGCACAAGAAACAGGCGGUACCAAUGACCUGGAUGACAAGGACAAGUUGGUAUUUUUUGAGUCUGAUUAUCAUGACAACAUCGAAGAAGCGCAAGAAGUUAAACCAACUGAAGACAAAACAGUUAGUCAAGUAAGCAGUAACAAUGAUAGUGAUGAGAAAUUGCUGGAUAUUGGUGAAGAUUCAGAUAAUUUGACCAACGAUACACAAUUGAAAAUGGCACAGUUGAAUCUUACCAGCCAAGGAGCGAGCAAAGACGAAGAGCUUGCAAGUUUCUGGAACAAGGCUCCAAACACGGAAUUUUAUGAUCUUCUAGAUACAAUGAAUCCUCAAUGCAACACAGCUGAUGAUUCGCAAGUUCCGAGAAAGUCAAAUCCACCAAUAGAUCAAGUAAAACUGGACGAAAGUCUUACUCAAUUGGACCUAGCAAUGGACUCAUUUAUUGGUGGUGGGGGCUUUGAUUUUACGACUUCACCGCUUCUUAAUCCUCAACAACAGCAGUCGCAACAUCCUCUCGAUUUAUUGACUUCGGAAACAGAUGCUUUGUUUGAAGAGAUUUUAAACACUGGCCCUGCUGUCGUUGGUAAUGCUGAUUGGGAUAUGAUGUCGGGAGAUACUUUUUUACCUCCUGGAAUUUUGAAGCAGAGUUUGGGAGCUGCUACUUUUGGCACACAUCAUAAAGAACCUGUCAGUAGCACAAGCGACAAUAAGAUUUUAUCUUUUCAGACUAGCAAAAACAAAUCUAGCAAAGCUGCUAACUCCUGGCUGGAUUUGUUUGCAGAGCUAGACCCACUUGCUAACAAUGCAAUGGACAGCCUCAUCAGUGAUGGCAAUGCACCUGCUUAACCUGAAGUUUUAAAAGAGAAUCUUUACUAUGAAUUAUUGUGUGACAAAGUCAUGUCCAAUUUUCUCAUAACGACAGUGAUGCCAUUAUCUCAUAGAUUGAUCUGGCUGUUAUUACGUUACCUAGUCAGUUAUUACCCUUAAAUUCAUAUAUUUUUCGUUUGAAAGUCCCAAAUUAUUCACCAUUACUGAUUAUCAAAAAAACAUCAAAACGAAAUAUAACUUUUAAGCAAAAAUAAUUAUACAUAGUUGUAUGUAUGUAUGUCUAUUUGUACUUAUCAAAGUAUUUAUCGUAUUUUAAGAACAUUCCGUCAUACAAAUUAGCAGUUUGUAAGAGAAUGGCAGAAAUUCAAUCUCGAGUGUAUCAUGUACUAUGAAGUCACUUCAAGAAUUUCUACCUAAAAGUCAUUCCUACCAAAGAUAAUUAUGUUAUAUACUAACGAUGUAUCCUCAGAUUUCUUUGAGCUUAAUUAUAAUUGCUUUGUAAUAAUGAUAUACCUAGUUUUUACAGGAAUUUAUUGUUUGAAAGGGCUUUUAUAAGUAUGAGAGACCAUUUUGCUAUGAUUUUAAAUUAGUUUAGUUUAAUUACAAAUUUUUUUAACUUUCCCUAUGCUGUACUGAUCCUCUGUCAAAUCCAAUACGAGAGGGUGCAUCCAUCACAAUAAAAUUAUUCUAGACAAUGUAA